CGCAGCGGAGGGUUUUUUCCUUUUUCUUUUUUUUUCUUUCAACACUGCGGACUUCUCUUUCGGAAGUGACCCAUUUCUGGGCGCAGGGAGAAAGACCAGCUCGCCAUGGACAACUCUUCUCGCCCCAGUAUGAAACGAAAGCGCGUCGAGGAGGUCGACGAUGACCGGGAGGGAUUCCCACGCACCGAAGCCGUCCAGCCACCAGUUCAAUUAGCGCAAAAUAUUCACGGGACCAUCUUCCAUCCAUCUGGGACGCCUUCACAGCCGCCGGCGGACCCCUUUCCCUACGACUACCCCCCGCCCGUGCCCCCGAUCUUGGCCGAAGAUAAUGCUUUGUACCAUCCAGGGGUACAAGGGCCCUCGGUUAUGGAAGCGUUGCCACCGACGGCAGAAGGAACAUCCGGGCCAGCCCAGCCAAAGGCCGACCAGGCACUCACGGUUUGCUUCGGCAUGAUCGCGGGCAUUACCGGCCGUUGCGAUUUGUGCCUGAACAAAGGGCAAUGCUUCGACAUUUCCAUAUUGGCGUUUGACAAAUUCGAGGCCGUCUCCGGCAGUGCUGUUCGAGGCAAAAUAAAGUCCGAGCAUGGCCGGGUCAUUCAGGGGCUGCUUGAUGACCCAUCUGUGGUUGCGCGCGGGACAUGUGCCCUGGACCAAUAUCCAUCUAAGGGCAAAGCAAAGCAGGGUCCAGGACAGGUCCCAUGCACGUUGAACAUCACUGUUUACGGCCCUCUGGAAAUGUUUGACGAGAUCGGAGAAUGGGCCCAGGGGCAUGACAUCUACCUGCAAGACCCUUUAGUCUGCCAUCUCGAUGUUGUGUACUGCAACCCACACAAGCUAUCCUCGAGCUCAUCCGAUCUCAGAGCAUGCCCCAUGCUAUCUAAGCUGGUAUCCAGCAGCAGCAAGCCCCUCCAGUUACAGGAGCUCCCUCAACUACCCGAUAUCCUGGACUUUAUCAACAGCCAUAUAAACCUCGAGGAGGCCCCGGCGCCUUCGGCCGUUCGAGCGUCCUUGCAAAAACAUCAGCGGCAGGCCUUGACGUUUAUGUGCCGUCGCGAGAAGGGCUGGGACUUUGCUGAGACAGAAGGGGAUAUGUGGGAGCUAAUUGAUAGCGAUCACGGCCGCAUGUUCAUCAAUCGAGUCUCGGGCUCUUACCAGACCCAAGAGCCAGCAGAUUUCCGUGGAGGCAUUGUGGCAGAUCCUAUGGGCCUGGGGAAGACUUUGACCAUGAUCGCUCUCGUGGCGUCCGAUUUGGAUAUUGCGUCGACGUGGGUGGGCAUCGAAGACAAGGAGAACAUGGAUUCUGCGACGCUCGUGGUAGUCCCGCCUCCCCUUCUGGAUACUUGGGAAAACGAGAUAUCAAGGCAUAUUUUCGCUGGGAGGCUGGUCUGCCGACGCCAUCACGCAAAAACACGAUUGUCCGAGCCAUCUAAUAUCCGAGGCGUGAACGUCGUUCUCACCACGUACCACACGGUGUCCGCUGAGUGGAGGCCAACCGGCCCACUGCAAAGCUCCAUCCUCUUUUCGACCAGGUGGCGAAGAAUUAUCCUGGAUGAAGCACACUUCAUCCGCAACGGUUCAUCGCGGAUGACCCGGGCCGUUUGCGAUCUCGACGCAGUCUCUCGAUGGGCCGUAACCGGAACGCCGAUCCAGAACCGCCUUAUAGACCUCGCCAGUCUGCUUCGAUUCAUCCGAGCGUUCCCCUACACAGAUCCCAAACGAUUCGACGUCGAUAUUUCCCAGCUUUGGAGAGAUCGGAGGGAGGACGAAGCUGUCAAAAGGCUGACGCUGCUCUCCUCCUGCCUCCUCCUCAGACGGCCCCCAAACACCAUCAGUCUUCCGGCUCGGCGCGACACUCUUUGCCCCGUGGAGUUCCUAGGUCCGGAGCGAGAGCUUUACAAGCAAGCGAGCGAGCGGCUUAUUACCAAGAUUGACGAAGCUUUCCAUCAGGGGUCGGAGCUGUCCAGAUCCACGUUCUACGUCAACGUUCUCCAGCAAAUCGAAUCACUCCGCCUUAUCUGUAACCUAGGCACCCAAUACCACACGCGAAAGGAUCCUGAGGACACGGACGCGGCAUCCACGAUGACAUCCAAAGCCAAGUGGGCAGGCCUAGCACAGAGAGCCUUCAACGUGGAGCGCGACCUACGACUCAUGGUUUGCUUGCAGUGCGCCGACACCUUCGAUACAGCAGAGGUUGCCUUCGAGGAUCCAUUUUCCCCGCAUAGAACUACCGCGCUGCUCUUUAGCUGCCUCAAGUACCUGUGCUCGGACUGCACCAACAAGCUAAAGCCGACCGACCGGGGCCCCGGCUGUGGCCACUCGCCUUCCUGCCAUUCAGCCGAGAUCUCCAUCAGCAGCACCGACCGGGAGGACCUACCGGAAACUACGCCAUCGGACUUGCACGACUUCCAGCCAAGCGAGCUCCCGUCUAAGGUGAAGGCACUGAUAGAUGACCUGAAACAGUUGCCUCUUGAUACCAAGAGCGUCGUUUUCUCUAGCUGGAGAAUGACACUCGAUGUUAUCGAGAGGGGCCUGCGGCAGGCAAAAAUCGGUGUCGUCCGUUUCGACGGAAAGGUGCAGCAAAGGGACAGGAAAUCCGUCGUUGAGAAGUUCAAGGCCAAUGGGAAUGUCCGCGUGAUGCUUUUAACUUUGUCAUGUGGUGCAGUAGGGCUAACUCUCACGGUGGCUUCUAGAGCUUACUUGAUGGAGCCGCACUGGAAUCCGACUCUGGAGGACCAGGCCCUCGCACGGAUCCACCGCAUUGGCCAGGAAAAGGAAGUAACGACGGUUCGUUUCUACAUCCGGGACUCCUUUGAGGAGGAGAUAAUGAAGCUCCAGCGAAAAAAGAAGCAGCUGGCUGGCGUGCUUCUUUCGCCGCACGACGGUGGGAACACCAGUGGCAGCUGGGAUCGCCUACACGAACUUCGACGCCUCCUCUAGAUAUCUAGCUUUGGUUGUGUGGAUAUCAAGUGGGUCCGAGAGAAAAUGGGGGCAGCCUCGGGACUUGACGUCGCUGAGGGAGCUGUAAAGGAAAAGUUGGACAUUUCGAGGGAUGCAGGUGGAGGAGGCUGGACUCGCUGGAGCACUUUGUGGGAGCACCAGAGGAGCACCAUGGGAGAGCAUGGCGGCAGAGCAACGAGGGGAUGGCAUUUCUAGCUUGAACAAACAGCUGCCGUCCCGUGGUUACGUGGAAGGCUAUCGUCCCAGGCUCGGUCCGAGGCCGGGCUAGCCAUGAAGACGGGAGGGGGUUUUCCAGCAUGGCUUGAGCCUUGCAGUGCUUUGGAGAGCCUUCGUGAAGUCUGGCGGACAUCCUGGCGGCUACAAAAACGCUGUCCUGGCGUCGACUACUUGGUGAGCCGCUGAGGCACAUCACGACAGUUCUCGUGGUGUCCUUUGUCGUAGCCAUUAUGUGGAUGCACACUCCCCGCAACGUUACCUUGCAAUCAGGAUUCAUGUCAGCCGGCAUUGAGAACAGGCCGUUCGAGCCCUGCAGCUUGUCCACCCCUGAUUCGGUGUACUGGAUUCAGUGCCUCGGCUGCUGCCUGCCUCCAGAUAUCAUCUCAGCAUCUACCGAGGAAACAAGUUGAGACACUAAUCUCCGAGCAGCAUAUCUGGACAAACAGCGACACUGUUGGCAGUGGAAGCCAAGCCCCAGUGGCAGUGGCAGGCUGCAGCUGCCGUAACCCCUGCUAGUCGAGGAGGUCUGUGUCGACCAACGGGCCUCCAAUCUUGUCCAAACCACGAGAGAAGGAGGCACUGCAGCCAGUCACACCACGCAUUGCUUUGCUGCUUUUUUUUGUUAUUUCCUACGCACCUUCUAUCCCUUCAUCUGUCGCAAUCCGCUCGUCUGGGCAUGUCGACAUCGAUUUGCUUUUCUUUCAGCCGCACUAGGAAUAGCCACGAUCUAGGUUUGCCGUCAGCCCUCUACUUCCGCGCUAGCCCAUGUCCCAUCGCCCAAAUGUUCUGGUCUAAUGCUUGAUGGUAUCAUGCUGCCUCCUUGACAGGCAC